AUGCCCAAAAGUGAGGGAAAGGUUCAGAGCGAAACUCUCACUUUUGGGCAUGACUGUAUUGAGUAUUUCAACAGGGGGAAAAGAAUUGGGGUGAACGCGUCAGAGAGCACAACCUACAAAAAAGUAGGAGAGGAAAGGAGGGAGAGACAGAGGAGCAGCAACGCGACUCUCCUAGGUGACCGGACAGGAGAGCACGAUGAAUGUGCAAAGGGGUGGGUUGUGCGCGCGAGCGCAGUUCAAAGGAAUGGAUCAAAGGUGAGGAACCCUGUGAGAACCACCAAGGCAGCUCGAAGAGAUAGUGAAAAGGAGAGACAAAGCCUGCUUCGAGACGAAGGAUACGGCCGUCAAAGAGGGACUAGAGAAGAGAAAGCAAAAAGAGAGACAGCGACAGCGGCAAAAGGGCGAAGAGGGAGAAGAAGAAGAAGAAGAAAAAGAAGAAGAGGUGAGGUUGGUGGAGGAAGAUGCCGCCAGAUGAAGAGGGAGGUCGUUUGA